AUGCUGUUGUAUAAGACGGAAUCAUUAUUGAGAACCCAGAUAACUGCGCUUUUGCUUCUGUGCAUCGGCAAUUUACUCUUGUUUAUCGCACUGUUGACACCUGCAUGGCAGGUUGCUGAGGACACCGAUGCCCAUCGAUACGUUCAAAGUGGCUUAUGGAUGUAUUGUCCUGGCGGUGUACCUUGUUGGUAUAUAUUUAGUGAUAAUCUAAUUAAUUAUUACGAAAAAGUUGAUGUUUGUCGAUUUUUACUGAUUGGUGAUUGCCGCAAAAAACUUAUUCGGACACCUUACUUCUUUGGAUGGCACUAUGCUGUCCUAAUUUUGCUACUUCUUUCCUUCGUGUUUGGAAUCAUUGCCUCAGGAUUUCUGCUCUUCAGUAUAUUUCGACGUGGUAAAGCUCGUGUAUUCACAGUAAUUUUCACCUUGUUAACCUUUUGUUCUUUUCUGUUAUUAGUCAUUGGAUUGGCUGUUUUCAUGAUCAACGCUGAAAUGCUGGAAUCGCGGUUCUUAAUUGGCAUCAAAAACACUUUCAAGAAAAAAUUUGGCUACUCGUAUUAUCUUGCCGGAUUAGCUUGUAUGUUUUUGAUGUUUAGCUUAUUGGCUGGUAUUAUGGUUCUAACGUACAUCUUCUUCACGAAACUUGGUCGCAAUUAUGUAAAAGAAGUUAAAUUUCACAGCUCUAAUCACAACCUUUCUCCAUGGAAUUCCUUCAAUGGUUUCAAUAAAGAAACGAGUCAAAAAAGUUCAUACCCAACAAUUCCAGUUUUCGAAAAUGUUUUUGAACAUCCUCCACGUCCAGGAAGCAAUACAGUAUCACAGUCAGUAACGCCACAGCCACAGGAAUACCUGUCGACAACCAGAACUUUCUACAGUUACUAA